AGAAGCCAAGUCAGUCUAAGUGCAACUCUCUCUCCCUCUCUCUCUCUUCACUGUCUGGUCUCUUCUGGUCUAAAUCCCAAAAACUUCACAUGCUCUGCUCCAGAACACACUCAUAAAAAAAGUCUCCCACCACGAGAAUCCCGAAAGCACUUUGCUUUAUAACCAAAGCAAGUUUUUGUUUUUUGUUUUUUUUUGGUCCUAAAAUUGGCGCAAAAAAAGAAAAUCGUAGCAAAAUCAGAAUCUCACUCCUCAAAAGAUUGCCAUUGGAAUUCUCCAAGCUCUGCGGAUCUGGUUCUUGUUUUUUCCACCAAAAGAAACGAGCUUGGGCUCCAUUUAUGAGCUAAUUCCUUAAAUUUUCGUGGAUUUUUCUGUAUUUUCUUUUGGCUUAUUGUAUGAAUGAAGCUAAAUGAAGCGAAAAGUAGCUCAGCAGAAAUCGACGUACAAAUGGAAGAGGAAAUUUCUUGCGGUUGUAUUGCUAGGUUUUUGUUUCGGAAGCUUGUUGUUGAUGCAGAGUCGAUAUAGUCGGAUUAUGACGCUCGCGACUUCGUUGCGUGCUCAGAAGCCGAAGAAUAAGAUCGCCUUCUUGUUCAUCGCUCGAAAUCGCCUUCCUCUGGACAUGGUUUGGGACGCUUUCUUUCAGGGAGGAGAGAAUAAAUUUUCAGUUUAUGUUCACUCGAGGCCUGGGUUUCUGUUCAACAAGGCGACCACCAGAUCGGUAUUCUUUUUGAAUCGUCAAGUUAAUGAUAGUAUUCAGGUAGACUGGGGAGAAGCAAGUAUGAUCGAGGCGGAGCGUAUAUUGCUUAGACGUGCACUAAAAGAUACUUACAAUGAACGUUUUGCUUUUCUUUCUGACAGCUGCAUCCCCCUUUACAACUUCAGCUAUAUAUAUGACUAUGUCAUGUCAACGCCGAACAGUUUUGUAGACAGUUUUGCUGAUACAAAGGAGGGCCGCUACAAUCCGAAAAUGGAUCCUGUUAUUCCUGUUCAUAACUGGAGGAAAGGAUCUCAGUGGGUUGUUUUGACAAGGAAGCAUGCAGAGGUCGUUGUGAAAGAUGAUACUGUCUUCCCUAUAUUUCAGUGGCAUUGCAAGAGGAGGUCACUUCCUGAGUUUUGGCGGGAUCGUCCCCUUCCAGCAGAUGCUUCGAAGGAGCAUAAUUGUAUACCAGAUGAACAUUACGUUCAGACACUACUAGCUCAAGAAGGCCUUGAAGGAGAAAUAACACGAAGAUCGUUGACACAUUCUUCAUGGGAUCUAUCAUCCUCUAAAGACCGUGAACGCCGUGGAUGGCAUCCUGUGACUUACAAGUUUUCAGAUGCUACUCCCAUGCUUAUACAAUCUAUAAAGGAGAUAGAUAACAUCUAUUACGAGACCGAGUACCGUAGAGAAUGGUGCACCAGCGAAGGAAACCCAGCCCCAUGCUUUCUUUUUGCCAGAAAAUUUACACGGCCUGCUGCUCUCAGGCUUAUCAAUACACAGUCAGCACUGGAGCUUUAAAUGGAGCGACAAGUAUAUCCUAAAUAGUGAGAGUUUAUACUUUAUACAUAGCUUAAAAUGUCGAUUCUUAACCCAUAUGAAACAAGUCGUGAGUGCAAAAGAGAAAUAAGAAGAGCCGUAUGUCUACGGGAGGAGUUUGGGGAUGUUAAUUAUGGAGUAUAAUGCAUAGAUUUAUUCCUCGUUGAAGAUAUAUAAUAAUAAAAGCGCUUUUCUUUAUGUA